AUGAAAUUUUAUACCUUUUUUCCUUGGGUUUCCUAUAAGUAUUUUAUCUCUAUUUUCCUAUUUAUCAAUCAUAAUAAAAAAUAUAUAUCUAUUUACCUUAUUAAGCUUAUCGUUAGCUUCCGAGCUCUACUCAUACCUUCUAGAGCCACAAGAGCUAACUAUUGAAGGAAAUGCAGGAAUCAAGCUAAUAAACGGUGAUGGAAAUUGUCGCUUAGGCGUUUUCAAUUCAACAUAUCCAUUUGGGCUUAUUUGUCGUGACUAUGCACCUCUUUACUUCGAUGACAACAGAAAAACUCAUUUUGGGGUCAGUGUUUUGACAGAAGCCUCAUUGACUUUUGGAGGUAAAUUGAUCCUUACAAAUGUAGACCAGUGGGCACUGACUCAUUAUGAUGCUUUUGAAGGAGUCGAAGGGGAAGGAUGGAGCAACCAAACCAUUACUGAAUGUGGAGGCGUCAGAAUGCUAGGAGGUUACUGUCAGUUUUCAGCUGGAGAAUCGUGGAAAGAGUUUAAAGACCUGCCAGAGCAUUCACAGUUAAGAGUUAAAGCAAAUUACCAUAUGAUAGAUGAAUGGCGUGGCGAAACUGCUUAUUUAAAAAUUGGGUCAUCUGAUGACAUGGAGACUGUCUGGACCCAGUCUUAUGAUGUAAACUCCUCAAAAGACCCUAUGAAUAUCUGUGGAGAAGAUGAUGUAGGUGAAGGAAAAUUUUCAAUCGCAGUUGAUAUAAAAAUUGACCAUUCUGACAGCAGCGUGAUAAUUUCUUUUGGCUCAACCUUAGAACAGCAGCCAUGUGAGAAAAGCUGGGGGAUUUCUGGGCUACAAAUUUAUAUCAGAUAA